AAGAUCACCAACUUCAAAUAAUUGGGAGAUUUUAUUUAAAAACUGAUAUCUUCGUGAUAAUGGUUAGGUACAGAGGCAUAGAUAAAUGCUUGCCAUGUCUGUAAUUCAAUGAUUUCAUAAAUAUCACAUAUAUCAGCAAAUAUAAAUUGAUUUUUAAAUGGUUCUAAACUAAUGAUUUAAGUGUGUUCUUUUGUUUCAACAUUAAAGAUGAGGUACAUUGGAGUUUGUACCAAAGCUCCACUAAUUAUAUUGAAGAACUUGCUAUCAGAAAUGUACAUCAAAUAACAUCAGAACAAUAGUUGUCAAGAGAAAGUUUCACAAACCACAUAAUGAAACUUGAAGAUGAAAAAACAAAACAAAUAAAAAAAUUAGACAUCUAAACAAGGAAGAAUGUUGUCUGAUAAACAGCAUCCCUAAUUUCCUUGGUUUGUAACCGUCCAGAAGCAUUUAUGCUUUAUAAGUGAAAUAUCAAAUCUCAUUUUUUCUAAGGCAAUGCCUUUGGUUGCUUUGCCAAGCUGGUUGCAGCCAACUCUGUAGAGUUUGAUUGUUUCUAAUUAACUCAAACAAACACCACCCUUUCAAAAAUCUACAAGCAAAUCACGGGAAAACCAAAAGCACUAUAUGAACCUAGUGACCAGUCAAUGGUAAUAUCAUGCUUUAAAUUAUUUCUAGUUAUAAUAAAUCAACAGCAACAACAAUUAUUUUGGACCACAAAUUUCUUCAUGUGAAGUCAGUUUAAAAAUAUAACAUUGGGCAUGAUUCGUUUUUUCGAAAAAGGAAGUGGAUGUGUUCUCACAUCUCUUUUAUUUAGAAAAAUGAAAACAUAGUUAGAACAGUAUUAGGCACCCCUUAUCUAAGGUUAAUACACUAAUUUUUAAAAUUUUACAGCACUCUGCCUUCCGUUUGAGAGCUUUUAAGAACAAAAAGUUUCAAGCCCACCACCUCCCACCCUUAUAAAGCUCUUCCAAUUCUUUUCUGACAAUUGCAGCUCUCUCUCUCUCUCUUUCUCUCACUCUCUCUGUGUAAAACAAAAGGAUAUCCCUACCAUUGAACUCUCUGACCCUCACAAGGAAACAAGAAAAAGCAGAAAAAAAGCUAAAAGGAAAAACAGAUGGCUGCAGAGCAAACCCAAAAGCACCCAACAAUGCCUGAGGUAGUUGAGGAGUUGAAGAGAAUGACCGACAUAAGCUUCCCCAUAGUGGCCAUGGGCUUGAUUGGCUAUCUCAAAAACAUGAUUCUAGUUGUGUGCAUGGGAAGGCUAGGGAGCCUCGAGCUAGCUGGCGGUGCACUAGCCAUUGGCUUCACCAAUAUCACCGGCUACUCAGUUCUAUCAGGUCUAGCCAUGGGGAUGGAGCCACUUUGCGGCCAGGCUUUUGGUUCUAGAAACUUAACAUUAGUGUCACUCAGUCUUCAAAGAACAAUUCUAAUGUUACUGUUAGCAUCAAUACCAAUAGGAUUGUUAUGGUUUAACCUAGAGCCUCUCAUGCUUAGGCUCCACCAAAACCCAGAUAUAACACAUGUUGCUAGCCUCUACUGCCGCUACGCCAUCCCAGAUCUCGUUGCUAAUAGCCUUCUUCACCCACUACGUGUCUAUUUACGCAGUAAAGGGACGACAUGGCCAUUGAUGUGGUGCACUUCACUUGCAGUGCUUCUCCACCUUCCCAUCACCGUUUUCUUUGCCUUCAGACUUCGACUUGGGGUCCAGGGGAUUGCAGUUUCAACCUUUGUCACCAACUUUAACACCUUGUUUUUCCUUCUAGGCUACAUAAUCUACACUCACAACCCAAAGAAGCACAUGUGUCAACCACUAAUACCCCAAAUGAAGCCAUUUUCUACAACUUCACUAGGGGAGGAGUGGGGAAUGCUACUUCGACUUGCUAUACCAAGUUGUCUAGCUGUUUGUUUGGAGUGGUGGUGGUACGAGUUCAUGACAAUUCUAGCGGGUUACCUCAACAAACCUCAUGUUGCCCUUUCAACAUCAGCUAUAAUAAUACAAACCACCUCUCUCAUGUAUACAUUGCCUUCUGCAUUUAGUGCAUCAGUGUCAACCAGAGUGAGCAAUGAGCUUGGAGCGGGCAGGCCAGGUAAGGCCAGUUUGGCAACAGUGGUAGCUAUAGGACUGGCCCUUUUAACAUCUGUUUUUGGCUUGUUAUGGACCACCUUAGGGAGAGAAUCAUGGGGGAGAGUUUUUACAAAAGACAAUGAGGUUCUAGAGUUAACAAUGGCUGUGCUACCCAUAAUAGGGCUAUGUGAGCUCGCAAACUGUCCACAAACCACAUGUUGUGGGGUUCUCCGUGGAAGUGCUAGGCCCGGUGUUGGAGCAGGUAUAAACUUUUACUCAUUUUACUUGGUGGGUAUGCCAGUGGCUAUCAUUUUGGCCUUUGUCAAGAAACUUGGAUUUUUGGGCCUUUGUUAUGGGCUUUUAGCAGCUCAGGUGGCAUGUGUAAUUUCAAUCUUCAUAGUGAUAUACAAGAUGGAUUGGGAUAAAGAAUCAUUAAAGGCUAAAGACUUAGUGGGAGAGAGUUGUGCAUUUGCACAUGCAGAUCAAACAGUGUAAUGUGAAGAAGUUGGGUCUCCCAAAGAGGUAGCUUUCAAAAGUGAAUGUUAUUUAUGGAAGUAAUAUGCACAAAUAACACAGCAUUAACAGUAUAACUGCAGAGUCUCAUUUUCAUAGUUUCAAGUCAAGUCAUGCUAUAUGAAUUGUGUAUUGCGUACUUGUCUUUUAAUUUCAGUCCCUACCAAUCUCCAACGUCUUGAUCCAUGCAUAGUUGACUCAUGAAGCUGCCUGCAGCUAUAGGUGAUGAGUUAAAUUCGCUAGUUGUUCAGCAUGAAGAUGUAAAAGCCUUCCGUGUUUGGUCAAUGCUAAGAUGAUAUAAGUAAAAAAUUUAUGUGUGCCUUACAUGGAGCCCGUAUAAGGGCCUAUUUAAUGACCAUGUACUGACUUAAAAUUCCAUGUGCUUAGUAAUCAAGAUUAAAGUACGUCAAGACAUUUUGUUUUAUAUUUUCAUUCUUGUUUUAUAUUUUCUGUUUUUUUCCCUUUUUCUCUUCUAAAAUUCAAUGGUCAAUCUAACUUGGGAAAUAUCAGGGGCAAUAGGAGAUGAA